UGCAGCUGCAACGUCAAAGCACUGAAAAUGGAGGCACUCAAUGGCUACUCUGCUAGUAACGGUCAAUGCUCUCCUGUUAGGGAGAAAUCAAGAAUAUCAACACCAAAUGGACAAAAUGAGCCCUAUCAUUCUCCUACUGGUGAGUGCUCAGCUUCACAAAAUGUACAUGCAUCACACAUUAUUAAUGUGUAAUUUUAAAGAGGAUAAGACAAAAUAUAAUGUCAGUUCAUACUGUAAGAUAAAUCCACUCAAUAAGUAAAAAUAAAAAUAACAUCUCUGCUGAAAACGUCUGCUUGAGGAACAUACUGUUUGAACUCAGACAAACAACUGCAGUAAUGCAUCGUGCUCUUAGCUGAAAGAACCAGGUUGAUAAUGUGCUUCAAAUGUGAAAUACAUUUAUUGCAGAAAGUGUUUCAAGUAAUCCUCAAUUGACCGCUUGAAACAUCGAAGUCAGUCACACUGAGAGUAGACAGAUGUAAAGAUGCAGGGUCGACUUCUUGUUGCCAGGAUACAGACGUGAAGAUGAGGCUUGUUCAUUAUGUUCCUUCCUAAAGUGGAAAUAUAAAUUCUAAGCUUUUUUAUAAGCGUUGUGCAAAUGAUGUCUGUUGCUAAUUCCUGUCUUUCAGCGUCAGUUCGUUCGAUAGAACUUUAAAGAGUUAAACUAAAUGAGCGCUGAGUAGCCUGAAGGGACAGCUCAAGGAUGCAGUCAGAUUGGAAGCUGUAGUUAAACAGCCAAGUAUGGUCACAGCUUUAUUUUUUGCUGUUGUAAAUCCCAAAACCGGAUCAUCUGGACCAAAGCAACAUGGGUUUGAGAGAAGAGAGGAACAAAUCAAGAAAAGAAAGCAAAGUUUAAAGAUCUGAAUGAUAAACAGAUAAAGCAAGAAGACACAAGUGAGGAAACUGACAACAUAAGCUCAGUGUGUGAGCCCCAAACAGGAGAAGAAGGGACAGUCGCAGAGGAAUCUAUGGCUGGGAGCCCAAGUCAUGCACAAGAUGGAAUAUCCGGACAAAAUAUGCCAUUGGAUUCAACUACUCGACAACCAAACGGUGACCGGCCAUUCCAGUGCAACCAGUGUGGUGUCUCGUUCACUCAGAAGGGAAACCUGCUGCGGCACAUUAAGUUGCACACAGGUGAAAAACCCUUUAAAUGCCCAUUCUGCAGCUAUGCCUGUCGCCGCCGUGAUGCUCUCACGGGCCAUCUGCGCACACAUGCUGUGGGCAAACCACACAAGUGCAACUACUGCGGGCGGAGCUACAAACAACGCAGUUCCCUUGAGGAGCACAAAGAACGCUGCCAUAGUUACCUGCAGAGCAUUGGGCUGGACUCAACUGCCAAAACGGGCCCUUAUGCAGGUGAGCUUCCGAAAGAGCCUAGGCCUAUGGCUACGUUUGAGCGACCGCUCGUUAUUGAAAGAAUGCACAGUAAUGUUGGGAAAAGGAAGAGCACCACACCCCAGAAAUUUGUGGGUGAAAAGUUGGGGCGCUUCAGCUACCCUGAAAUGGGAUACGAGAUGGGCCUCAAGUUUGAGAAACAGGCUGAACUGUUAUCAGCCCAUAUGAUGGACCAGGCUAUGAACAAUGCCAUCACAUACCUAGGAUCAGACACAAUUAGGCCCAUUCUCCACCACACAGGGCACCCACUCUCCAUAACUGAGGUGAUGCCCAUGGUCAACCCUCUCUACCAUCAUGUUCUGCCUCUUGACCAGAGAGUUGAGCGUACAGGGAAUACUGACUCGCUGCCGCAUCAGGCCCCAUUACACCCUGAUUUUCCCAGCCACACCGUCUCCAACGGUCCCGCUUCUUUGUCUCGGCAUGGAAAACCAAACCAGUCGGUUCACGAAGAGUCGCCGAGCAACAGCGGAGGAGACUCACCCGAGUCGGCCCGCAGCAGCCCUCAGGAACGGAACACUAACCCUGGUAACAAUCUGCCAUCCAGUCUCAGGUCACGAUCAAGCCCAGCAAUUUAUUCGAGUGAUCACAUGACAGAUGUGUCACCCAGAGCUGGGUCAGGCACUGGGAGCGGGGUACUUCGUGAAUCCGCAGAGAGGCCUGCAGUCCAGGAAGGGGUGCGGGUUUUUGGAAGAGAAGGCAGGGAGUUGCGAGCCUUCCAGUGUGACCAUUGCCAAGUGCUCUUCCUGGACCAUGUCAUGUACACUAUCCAUAUGGGUUGCCAUGGAUACAGGGAUCCACUGGAAUGUAACAUAUGCGGUUACCGCAGCAAAGACCGUUAUGAGUUCUCCUCACAUAUUGUCCGCGGUGAACAUACAUUCCACUAAAUAACUGAUACAAGUGUAAAAAGAAAUGAGGGAAGAUUUUUUUACAGUAGUAGUAGUAAUAGUAGUAGUAGUAGUAGUAGUACUACAGACUUUUCAGCUACAAAGCAGCGUGAAUGUGAACAGCUGAACAACCAUAUGAAGGCUUUAUAACAGUGCAUGCUACUAAAAUGUGAUCAAAUCAGUUGUUUUGAAACCAUUUUAAAAGCUUGCUAAAACAGACCUCAAGGAUAACUUUGACCAAAAAUCAUUUCUGCAGCAGUGUACUAAAUGGCUGACUGGUGUAGUUUCCAGGCUGGUCAUAUUUUUAGUGUAAUAAUAUUGUGAUUUCUUUUUUUCUAAUAUUUUGAUUUCCCCUCUAAUGACGUGGCCCCAAAAACUUUUUAUAACUUACAAAUUACAACAAGAGUGUGCUGCAAAUUUAGUUUGGUCACCUGAUGCUGCUUGCUCUCCAUUUUGACGUGUUUGUCUCUUUUAAUAUUGUCUCUCACUGUCUUUGCAUUUGCGGAAAUGCAUAGACUUUAUUAUAUAUUUGAAAUGACACUUCCGCCAUACCCUGCGCCUUGCCUACGGUAGGGGGCCUGCCCACACUCAGCUUCAGUUAAGUUUAAGUAAUGCUUCGCAGUCGGUUGCAGUAAUUCUUAAAAUCAACGCAAUGUCAGAUUUAGGUUGAAAAAGUAUGAAAGCUGUACUGCAAACAAACAGGAAGUAUUGUCUCAGGGGUGAUUCGUUCGAGGAUUCAAAGUAAUUAUGAUAUUUUUCGUACCAUGCAUGCAUUUUGAAAUGUUGUGAAAAAAAUCAACGGGAGAAAUUAACUGCUACUUUAUUGGUGUCAUAAUUCGCAAUACUGAAGUAAAAUAAAUGCUAACUGCCUGUUUUUUUUUUUUUUUUUUAAACUUCUAACGAAGAAUCGAGACUUUUUACGUCCAUAUCUAGAAAUAAUUCAUGGAUUUAAGCAUUAUUCACUAGAAUUUUCAACGUAAAAAGCUGUGGUAAUAAGGCGGCGCCACAGUGGCUUAAAGACGAGUAGCACAUUCAACAUAUUUACAUAAAAUAAGUGCUAACUGCUCGGUUUUUUGCUUUUAACCAAGAAUCAAGACUGUUUUACAUCCAUAUCUACAAAGAUUUCAGGGAUUUAAGCAUUUAUCCACACGAAUUUUCAACGUAAAAAGCUCUUUUGGUAAUAAGGUGGUGCAACAGUGGCUUAAAGACUAGCAGCAAUUUCGACAUAUUUACGUAAAAUAAAUGCUAACUGCCCUUUUUUUUUUUUUUUUCUUUGCUUUUAACCAAGAAUCGAGACUGUAUUACAUCCAUAUCUAUAAAGAAUUAAGGGAUUUAAGCAUUUAUUCACAAGAAUUUUCAAUGUAAAAAGCUCUUUGUCUGUGUUUCCACUCAGUCAGCUUUGACGGAGAUAGGCCCCCUAUUAAUCGGCCCCGCCCCCCGUGUCCCGUCAAUAUAUUAUGAAGUCUAUGGAAAAUGUUAACUCAUGCCAUUAUCACGAUUCAAAUCUGCUUUGAUACAGUAUUUAUUUUGAUUCUUGUGUUAUUUUUAAGGGUCAGCUAUCCAUUAUUAAAAUGAUUACAGCUAUAUAUGAGACAUAAGGCAUUCCCUCUACUCUUACCUAAAGUAGAUGUUCAGGUUGGUUGGCAGCAUUUAACUCUUAGACUGCCAAUGACUAACUAGCGUGUGUUUAUUCACCCCUCCUAGUCAAAAUGGAUUGGACUCCUAGCGCCGUCAAUGGCACUAAAACAUGAGCUUCCACAGCCAGUCGUCCCAGUUUGAAUAAAUGAGGCGUCUAUCAUUGUCAUUAUCCGGCAAUUUAAUGGAGACAAUAGUCGAUGAAUAUGAUUUUGAUGACAAAUGAGUGAAAGAUUAUUCAUUGCAACAAAUAUUCAUACAGUGCUGGGAAGUAUUUCACCCCCUUAUUAAAAUAUUUUUGUACAUAUUUUUGCCACUUUAAAAUGAAAAUCAAAUGUUUAAGAAUAAAUUCUGCACUUUGAACAGGCUGACUUAAUCGUUACCACUUUCUUUGGUAAGCCAAGAAGCCAACUUGAGCGUCUUAAAUUCCUGAAAUAACAAAGCAUCCCCAGACAAUCACAUAAUCACAACUGUUAAUUUCAUGCCAGAUGUACGACAGAGGGUUAAGGCCAUAUAGAGAGAGGGAAAAAAAGGACUAAGAGAUUAAAGUCAUACUGGUACUACAAGAAAACAAGUAUUAUUACAUACAGCAAACCGCUACGCACUUUACCUUAGCUGGGAGCUACGAUUAAACAUUAAUAUGAACCAUUUAUUGAUUAUAAUUUGUAAAUUAGUCAAAAGAUAAAGGAUUUCCUUAUUAAUGAAUUUAAUUAAUGAAGCAGAUUCUAAAAUAUAGACUCUGGAGAUGCACAAUAUUAUUGUAAUUCGCUAUUACGUAGCUAGGAGCUACGACGAAGUGUUGGUAGCCUAUAAAUAAUUCUGAUAAUGAUUUGAUGUAGAUGGGCCAGAAUAUGAAGGAUUUCCUUUUCCUUAUUUGUAAAACUGAUCUAAAAGACAAGAUGCUUUCAAUAUUGUGGAUUUUAACGGAGGCGAAGCGCUACAUAAAGUAAGUAGCUGUUCAUUCAACUACAUUAGCCCAACGAAAUACAGCAAAGAGUCAUACUAUUUCUACGAGGAAAAUAGUCCAACUGUUACUACGAGAAAAAAGUCAUACUAUGACAUCGCGGUAAUAUUGUACAAAUGUUACCUAACAUAAAAAGUUCCAAUUCUGUGUCACCAGUGUUUUCCCCUUAGACCACGAAAUCAUUUAAAACUGAAUUUUGUGUUUAUGUCCUUGACUUUGAGAGAAAAGUUUUUCAUGGCACUGAAAAUGUAAAUUUUAAUCAGGGUGGUGUAUUUGUCAUUUAAUUUUGUUUCUUACUUCUGCUAUUGUGAAGGGCAAUCAAAACAUAGUAAAUUAACAAGGAAUAGUUGGUUUUAGUAACCAAAAUUUUUGCGGGUAAUAUCAAUGUAAUUCAAUAUAAAACAUUCCUGCUGUCUGAAAUUCAAAUUAGUAUAGAUUUUUUUCACGCUAUUGUUUUCUCCAAACAAAAAUUGUUUAAUCAUAAGGUUGCUUGUUGAAACAUCAUAGUUGUGUUUUGCUGCCUUUUAUCAUACACUUUCAAUAUUUUUUAAAACAUUUUGCAAAGCUAAAAUGGCAUGGAAAAACUAUUGACGUACUGUUACAUUAAAAUAAUGUGAUUGUGCAGAAUAGUAGCAAACAAAUAACACAUUUGUUAAUAUUCACAUACAUGUAAAUAUACUAUAUGUUGUGAUAGUAUCCAAUAUUAUUGUAAUAAAACCAUUGAAUUCCAUUUAUUUUACAUUUUGCACUUAAAUAGUGGGCUUACUCCUUAAACACUGAAACAUUGAAAUAUAAGCUCUUUCAUAUCCUUUUCAAUUUUAAAGCAAAAGUAUGGCAAAACCAAUGUAUUCAUUCAUAUGUUUAAUAUGAUUGCUGGCGUAAGGAAAAUCAAUGAAUGUAUAAUUAAUCAUUCCCAGUUGGAGAAAUCACAUUUUUAGUUAAAAUUUUUGCUGAUUGGGUUGAACUUAAACACUGUAAAUAGAAUUUGUAUACCCUUUCAAACAUACGUGUGGGAGUACUUUCUAUACAUUAUGCCUUAAACUGUGCCUCAAAACUUUUAAAUUAAAAAAAGAAGAAAAAAAAAAAAAGUAUUUUGAGGCAUUGUUUGUUGUAAGUGUGGUGUUAUUUUGUAGGCUUAGGUUGCGAAUAUUUUUACCUCGAUUAUUACAUUGCAAAACCUAUUACAACCAACUCAAUAUGUUCAAACAAUGGCAGGUUAUUCAGUACAAAAUGCAGAUACGAGUUACAGCUAAAUAGCUUUUCACUGCAAAGGAAGGAAUUUUAACCUCUAAGAGGCAGCUCGUAAGAAAAGUGAAGAAGAAAGUUUUGUAUCGCUGACCUUGCACUUUAGUCAUACAAAAAUUAAUGUUUUAUUCAAGAGGUUGAGUAAAAACUGUUGCUGAAACCAAAAGUACACUUUUUAAGGCUUGUAUGGAAAUUAUUUACUAUCAGUUUGCAAGACUGCCUGAUAAAUAGUUCCUUUUGUGGAAGCAGAAUUUGUAUCACUGGAUGCAGACCAUAAUCCUCAAAGAUCAACUCAGUCUCUUUAUUAACUAUAACUUAUGUUCUUAUUUAAUAUCUUAAACAAACGGCAGCUUUUUUCAACCCCCCACUUCCCCCUGUCUUACUCUGUGGUGCUCAGCAACCAUAAAACUUUUGUUAGCACAUUUGUUUACAUCACGUACCCGUGAAAUAUAAUAUGCUUUUCUGUUAUCGCAGCGGCACAAAUAAAAUCAUGCUUAUAAGAACAAUGGAAUGAUAAAGACAGAUGUUUUUGUCUGUGUACUGUACGUUACAUAUACUGUUUUCUGUUUUGUUUUGAGUUGUAAUAUAUUGUUCACAUCGACAAUGAAAAAGCACACAAGGAGCUCAGGAAUUUGCAUAACUUGUAUAUUUUUAUGUUCCAAUAAAUUGGAUUUACUGAUCACCAAACAAAGCAUAUAAAUUGAGCUAUUGUAAAAUCUUGUCUCUGAAAUAGAGAAUGGUGGAAUUGAACAAAAAUCUAAGAAAAUCGGGGCACAUUUUUGUGAAGAAUACCUUAUUUUUAUUGAAAGUGGUUCUCUGAUUCAAAAAAGGGUGAGGAGAACCAUUGGCUUGCAAAUUGUCACAAUAAAAUUGAUUUCUAUGAACAGUUUUGUAAUGGUUUGUGAUGACAUUCU